AUGAUCUGUAAGGAAGGUUCCAUAGAUGUGAUCAGCAUCGGUAAUAGUAGUGGUGGGGGUAAUACUAGUAACAAUAGUGCCAAUUCGCAACAAAUGCAUCAUGUUGGUGGCGGAACGAACAUAACAAAUGGUCACCAAACUUUACAACAUAGACGUAAAUCACAAUUAAUAACAUUUAGUGCAUCAUCCUGUGAUAUUAAAAAUAGUCUUAGCCAUGAGAUCAUAAUGGUUAAUAAUAACUCGAAUGUUAAUUCGAAUCAAAAUGGCACCACGCACAAUAAUCAUCGAGGUAGUAUAGUGGGUAGUAUUGGCAGUAACUCGCAAAUACAUGCCAAUACUCGCUUAAGUUUUGCUGAAGAAGAUAUCAUGAUAAUACCACAAAAUGGUCAGCAUCAACAGCUGCAGCAACAACAAUCGCAACAUCAUUCGCACCAGCUACAAAAUGGUUCCCUUUCUGGUUCCGGUACAGGAUCCGGUAGUGGUUGUGAAUCAGUGGGCGGUCAUAAUAAUGAACUAGAAGAUGAUGUUUUUCGUCGCCAUUCCCUCGAGGUAGACGAGGAGGCCCAAGAGGCUCUCUACAAUGAAGAAUACGGUACACAUAUCGAAACGAAAUCGAAUAAUGCCAACGAUGAUAGUGGCGGUGGCAGUUAUGAAGAUUCUCAUGCUCUACACAGUUCACUAGGUGGCAGUAAUCGUAAUAGUUUGGAAAAAGAUGAUGAUGACAUUGAUGUCGAUGUCAUUAGCACCGAUGUCAGUUGUUAUGAUCAGCUAUUGGGUAGCAGUUGUAAUACACGCAAUGAUGAUGAUGAAAUUGCCACAAUUGUGGGUGAUGGUGAAAAUUAUACGAAAUUAUCGAAACAUGCUUUGAAAACGAGUCUUAAUGGUGGUAUUGGUGGUGGUUCGUAUGGUGUGGUUAAUGGUAGUGGUGGUCUCGGUGAAAAUGGUGGCGGCAUCAUAUAUGCCAAUCCAUUUAUGGAUGAUGAAGGUAUAGCAGAAUCAGGCAUGUAAAUCUACGAAUGGUUCUAAGGACACCUUAUCAAAAAAGAAACGCUUUUAACGCUUUCACUCUGUUAACGAUAUUCUACAAAAAAAAAAUAAAUUGGAAUAAAAAAUUAGCAAAAACUUGACAAAAAGCUGAUAUUAUAAACAUUUUUAUAAAAAAUAACUUUUUUAAAAAAAAAAAAAAAAAAAAGAAGCCAUUACCAGAAUGAAAGAAUACUUUAUAAACAAAAUGAACAAAAUAAAAAACUUUAAAAACAAACCAGCUAAUUUAAAAAUGAAAAGAUUUUCAAGAAAUCUAAGAGAUUUUUGAAAAAAUCUGGAAAGAAAAAGUAAAAAUUAA